UAAACUAUUUACUAUCUACAUACACAGGAUUUCUUUAGACUGAUGUGCCAUGUUCUCAAUUGUUAGUUUUAUUGUGAUUUAGUCAUUCGUCUAUGUAACGUGAAGUUAUGAUCACAAUGGAUAGUACCAUAGAUUUAGUAUAUGGUAGCACAGAUAAUUCGUCGUUUAUGGCGAGAUAUUCUGCCUUUAACCCGUACCGGUUUAUUCGACGGGAAACCGGCUUCGGGACGCCUUUGGGGGCUGGAGAUGCUCUCGCUCGUAGCUUAUACUGCGGCAUGAAACCUAUCGCUUCGUGGGACUAUGAGCAAGCGAACUCACUUCCUACUGGAGGGGUGUUCAACCUUGAAUUCUCUCCGGAAGGUUCUCUUUUGGUGGCUGCGUGUGAAAAGAAAUCUAUCCAAAUAUUUGAUCCUCUCACGCAUCAGAGGAUCCAUUCUGUCAAUGGAGCACACUCUGACUGUGUAAACUGUGUUAAAUUCUUAGAUGGAAGAAUGUUCGCUACUUGUUCAGAUGACACAACAAUAGCUCUAUGGGAUGUCCGAAACUUAAGCAAGAAGAUACGCUCUCUGCUUGGCCACUCAAACUGGGUCAAAAAUAUAGAAUUUUCAGUGAAAGACAAGUUGCUUGUCACAUCUGGUCUUGACGGCAGCAUAUACACGUGGGAUAUCAACUCUUACACAGAAUAUAACUUGGUAUACCAAAGAGUAUUUCAUGCGUCAGGCCUGAUGCGAUGCAGAUUGUCACCGGAUGCUAAACAAAUGGUUAUGUGCACCACUGGAGGCUUAUUAGUUAUUAUACAUGACUUGAAUUUGUCAACUUUGGCUCAAGAUUUACAUGGAUUUAAGCCGAACCUGUACAGAUUGAUGCAGAUGAGCCAACAGGUGAUUCCAAUAGCGUCGAUGUACGAUCACUUGUUUGAAAGGAAACGAACAGAGAACCGCGUUGAAUUCGUUUCCGAUUUUCCAUUGGGGAACGACGCAGAAGUCGUGAGUUCUUUACAGGUACAUCCCCAGGGUUGGAGUGCUUUAAGCAGGAAUAUAAGCCAUGACGAUAGAUCAGAGUGGUCGUGCAUCCACGACAUCCAGCCAAUGAAUGUCGAGUCGGAGUCGUCGGUCCGCGACUCGGCGCCGGCGUCGCCGCCGCCCCGGCGCGCCGUGGGGCGGCGAGGCCUGCGCCCUCGCACGCGCCCCUACCGCGCCCCGCGCCCGCACCCCGCGCCGUCCAACACGGCCAGCCCGCCCUCUUCUUCCGGACACUCCGUUUUGGCCCCACCCGAAGCAGCGGCCUAUCCAGUAUUCAGAAUGACGUGUGGGAGGCGUCUAUUACGAUCAAACAGCACAGAAUGCUUCAAGAGAUGUAUAGCAGGUAACGCUGAAUUUAAACACAAAAAGAUCUGGAACAAGCACAUACAGAAGAGCGGUGGCCCCGGUGUGGCAACAGACUCUGGUUCGAGUUCAGUCAGGGGCCAGGUGGGCCGCAACUUCAACAUGCAGCGCAUCAUGGGUAUCAAUACGGGCAUCGCGCCUCCCACCGGUCUGCGCACACGGCACCCGCGAUUGCUGCCCAGGCAUUCAAUGUUUGCGCAUUAUGAAAGUACGUUACCAUCGACGUCGGGGCAGACACCGCCGCUGCGGGAAAGCCCCAGCACAAGCUACGACGACCCGGAACCACGGCAUUACAUCCGUCAGAACAAAGACCGACUCUUGUACUAUGUUGAAGAGACCAAUGAAGGAAAAGGGUUUAUCAAGGAACUCUGCUACUCUGCAGACGGUCGCCUCGUUUGCUCGCCUUUCGGCAGAGGAAUGCGCCUACUAGCUCUCAACGAGAACUGCAGCGAGUUAAGCCACUGCGUCAACGAUUUCAAAGGCCCCGCGCCAAUGGUGGAACUUGGCCAAAGCCUCGGCGUUCACCAAGACCUCGUCGUCAGCACCAAAUUCAGUCCAAGAUACCACCUUCUCGUCACCGGCUGCUUGGAAGGCAAAAUCGUGUGGUACGAGCCUUUCAGCGGGGAAGCGUUGUAUUAGUUACUUAAUAGAUUAGUAAUUGUCAUUGUGUUCUUUCAUUCCGUCAUCCAGCUCAACUUUAAAGUUUUAAACGUCAAGCUCAGAUUUAUAUAGGGUGUUGAGUCUGUACAGUCUGGUUAGAAUCUCCUUUGUAUCUUGUCUCACCUUUUUAUCAAUUUGCAUUUCAAUGAGGAAACGCUAAGUAGAUGACUAGAAAGUGCAUUUAAUCGAUGUUAUCAAAAUAGAAUAGAUCAUUGUGAAGACGUCGCCUAAAACACUUCAAAUGAGCUUCCUUGUAGAUGUGCGACGGGCAGUCAAAAAGUAAUAAUCUAAUAACCUACAUCGCUCUAACUUAUAUUUCUUUCAAAGCUAUUAAACUAUCUAUAUGCAUGGUAUCAUAGAGGUAACAUUACCCUAAUUAUAUGCCCGUGUCAUUUUCAGAUUAACUCCUUAGAUCAAUGAAUUUGAAGCUAAAACAAAGAGCCGUCAUUGAGUUUCUGGAUAAAAAAGGUUAGCACUUAAGGAAAUUCAUAAUCGCUUGAAUGAUGUUUUUGGGAAUGCUGUAAUGGACAUCAGCAAUGUGCGAUGGGUAAGGAAGUUUGGAAACGGAGAAACGGUUUUUAGUAGCAAUAGAGCUCCUUGCAAAAAAGAGUUUGUCCAGGGAAGUACUGCCACUUUACCGUUCCGGUUUUAAAGGAUGCUGGUGAAAUUACAGGCACAUGGGACUUGUCAACUUACGUCUC